AUGGCAACUACAACGAGCGUCCCUGUGGCUAUUCCAAACGAUGGCUCACUGACCAAGGCUAUGAUCAAAACUAUUAUCAGCACAUUUCUCACCAAGGAGUGGCCAAAUGUGGACCCAGAAACGCUCGUUGUGACACACAAUACUGGAUCAGCAAACACAAACUGUGUAGUGAAACGACCGAAGCCAAAUGGCGACACACACUCAGAGCCGCUCAAGGUGUUCCUCAAGAUACACGGCGAACUUGAAGGAGAAAUUGCGGUGUUCAAGCACUUGGUUCCCAAUAAACUGGAAGAGGCACAACUAUGUUAUGAUUAUGCUCAAUCAGGUCCUGGUGCCAAGGUGUAUGGCUUCUUUCAGACACAGGAUGGCACCUUCGGAAGGAUCGACGAGUUCUUGGAUGCACGCCAUUUAACGCCAGCAGACGUGGAAGACGCGGAUAUCCGAGCUGAUGUUGCAAGAGAGAAUGCCUUUUUUCAUACCAUGGCGUUACAACGGAAGGGGAACCCAGUUCAAUCAUAUUACGAUGCUGUCAUUGGAGAGCUUGCAAAAUAUCAUAAGAUGGACAAGCUGAAGAGGCUGGCCAACGAAGGAGGCGUCAAUAUAGACCGUCUUGUUGAUUAUGACUUUGUGUCCAGAUUAAGACGAGUCAGGGAUAGGCUGGAAUCCAUCGGAGGGAAAAAGGGAUGGUGCAUACACGAUGUCCAACUCAUGAAUGUGAUGGUGAAGAAUAGCCCUAAGGAAGGGGAAAGCAAGAUCGUCCUCAUAGACUUCGAAUUCGUCUUUCAAAAUUAUCGAGCGUUCGACAUUGGUGCGCAUUUUUUGCAAAAGAUGUUCAAGUGGUUUGACAAGGAGAGCCAGAUUGCAACCUGUCGACCUUACACAGAAGAGGAGAAAAGGCAUUUCUGUGAGGAAUAUGCAAAAAAAUGGAACGAGAGGACUGGUGAUUCGGAUACAGGGGAGCAGGUUUUUAUCGAAUCUGAGCUGGGGUUCAUACUGGCUUGCACGUUCGAAGUCCAUAACAUGCUAUGUUUUAUGGAUCAGGAUGAUGAUAAGGACCCUUUGAACCUUUUCGCACUCAAAAAGGUGUUUGAAGAGUUUAUGAAUCAGUAUAAAAGGCUUGGACUAGGGAACUAA